GUGACAACAAGACGGAGCGCAAACAAAUCGUGUUACGGGAUAGAGGGGUGCAAAAAAUGUUUCGCUUUCUUCGAAUUUUAAGGUUAUUUUGAAGCAACAUGAAACGUUACAUGUCGCUUUCAUAGAAAGCUACAUCCUGAGAAAUAUGAGAGGAUUUAUUAUUUUCGACUCGGUGAACGACGUUGUUUUCAGACAACUCGACGGUGAACUCCUAAAGCAUGUGUUUGGUCUUGCUUUGAAAAAUGAACUCGUCCCAGAACAUGAAGAUGAACUUGCAGAUUUGGAUGCUGCCAUCACGAAUGAUGUCCUUGUGCAGCUGUUCUCACCUUUGGUUACUUCGCACAGGAUGAUGAAAGAGAAAAUGAACAUGUAUUCCAGUAUUUACUGCAAAGAUCAAACACUAUGCGUGUUUGCCGAGUUUCUCGGCCAUACCCUGCUCGGCAUAAAUUCUGAGAAAGAAGAUGCAGAACCAGUGGCACGUAAAAGACUGAGGGUUUUCCUAAACUUGGUGCAGAGGCUUUAUGGACCAGCACUACAUGCGUUGAAGGUCCACUCUCUAAAUACAAACAGGAGAGCUGUGUUGUUGAAGAAGUUGAUGGACACCUAUGAUGCACUCAGUCAAAAAGAUCAGAGCUUCUUAGUAGAGGCAUUGGAGCAUAUUGUAGUGAAGAGUGACGUACGAAAAAGUUGCAGCCGUCUACUGGAAGACAUCUCCGAGAUCUUUCAACGUUAUUGCCGUGUGGGCGAAAUGGUCUCCCACGGUUUUUUGUUUGUGAAGGACAAACUGGUAGCAACAUUCUUCAGCCGGAAUUCAACGCUUCCAUCGCAUGCCGACUUGUUGGUUCUUUCGCUGACUGUAAGGACACUUCGGGAAGCAGAAGCAAGUAAUGAGCAAUACCUCGGCGAGGGCCAGGAAGAGCCUGAGGACGAGAGUGAGGUCCAGAAUUCGGAGCAGAGGCUGGAACAGGAAGGGAACCAAGAACAGAGCCAGGGCCAGGAAAGUAACCAAGAACAGAAUCGAGACGAAAGUCAGGACCAGGAACGGACCUCACGACCGGCUCGACUCGGUCAUCUUCUAAUGUUCUUCGCUACAAACUUACGUUCUGCAAUGCCAUAUCUAGUCCAUUGGUUGAAAAUUGAUGACGACGUCACAGUUGCUAUAACAAGCGAGUUUAACAGGGCACUUCUGGCCGACAGCUUAUUCAGCUUGAUGAAACAGUUGCACUCAAUUCGACAGAGUCCAGAAGAAGGUCGAUCUCGCUUGACGAUUGACACUCUCGAAGCUGCCAUUAUGCGAACUAUCGACACCUCUGGACGUCUCGAUCUGAAAAAGGACCAGGAAGCCAGAAUCAACCUCGUUGACAAGAAAUGGAUGCAUUUAAAGAUGUCAGGAUUUGGAGAAUACCUUGCAGGAACACAAAACACUGAACUGGCAGCUCGGUCCGAAGAGGCAAUCGUGCUUUUAAACAAGACAUUCCAAUUAAUAUUUGAAGAGCUGGUUCUAAACCCUGGGAUACAGCAUGAGGUGGAGCCAAGGCCACGGCUGAAGACUUACAUGCAUUAUUUUGCUGCAUUGGUGAAGAAGGAAAUGGAAGACUUCAGGGAAAUGCUGCUAACGAAAACAGAUCCAACCCUGAACAUAGGAUCUGACAUCUUAGAGAACUAUCCAGGACUUCUUCACUACAUCCAUACCAAUCGAAGUGCAAAUCAAAUGGUAUCGCCGUCAUUGUUGGAAUACAAAGCUGGUUCCCUUCAUGACAAGGUGUGGAAAGCAUGGGGAUUUAUUCAAAAGCAUGCCCACGAAGGUUCCUUCACAACCUUAUGGUCCGAGGAUGAUCUUCAGUAUUCAUAUUUACUGUGGUUUACUAACCAUUCGGGCAAAACAGUAAAACCAAAGUGUGCUGUUGAUCCAAUGAGCCUCAACCAGAUGUACUAUCCCGGUAUCAUGGCAGGCAACUUUUAUGGCCAACUGAUGCGGUACUGCUUCCCAGACGUGUCCCUUGAUCAGCUGGUUUGCCUGGAGAUAUUUUGCAUCCAUGCCAGUACGAUCGCUGCUAGUGACGUUAUCGAUCAGGUCCACCAAUUGUCUACUGCUCUUUGGCACGUUUGGGACAACACUAGUAUGGACUCUGCCUGAAGUUUACGCUUUGUGUGUAGUGUAGCAAGGUUGCGGUGUGAACAUUGCCUCCAUUUUUGGGAAGCUGUUUUGAUAAAAGCUCACAAAGUGC